AUGGCCAAAGACAAGGAGCGCGCCAUCAACCCCGCACAGGCGCAGCGAAAGCUAGAGAAACAGCGUGCGAUCAAGAAGGGCAAAGCGGAGGUCCAGGCACGACGCAAUGAGAAGUUGGCGCGCCGCAACCCGGACCGGAUCCAGCGGCAGAUCAACGACCUCAAGGCGAUCGAGGAGUCCGGACAGCCGUUGAGGCCGCGUGAGAAGCAGAUCCUGGAGGAGCUGGAGAAGGAGCUCCGUGCGGUGCUCAAGGCUCGCGAGGCCCUGGGCGACAAAGCGCCACAGUUCCCAACAAAGGCACCGCAGAGGGAAAAGGAAAACCGGAGCGGCGUCCUGGGAAAGAGGAGGAGAGAAGGGGACCACCACCAGUGGCAAGAGAGCGAUAGCAGCGACACGGACGAGAGCGUUCGCAGGAUUCCGAUGCCCAGGGAUACUCCACCUCCGAUCCCGCGCCCGCGACCGAAGGAGCCUGCUGGAGGCGAAGGAGGAGGAGGAGAGCGUCAACCGCACCCACUGCCACCGAAGCCGGAGGUGACGCCUGAACCCAAGAUCGUCUACGAAGCCGCGCCCCAGAUCCGGGAUCUGCGGAAGGAAGCCGUCAGCAAGUUCGUGCCGACCGUCGUCCGACAGAAACAGGACGCCAUCAAGGGACAGGGGAAACUGGUUGAACCGGAAGAGAUGGACCGACUGGAAAAGGCAGGCUACGUACCGACAGUCCCAGCCCAGGCAGGGACUGAGACUUCGUCGGAUCGCAAUGCCAAUGUCAAUGCCAGCGCCAGCACUGAUCCAAGCAAAGAAGAGGAGGACGUAGAGAACAUGUUGAAACAACUAGAGGAGGAGCCGGAACCGUCUCGUGUUCCUACUACUGCCAGAGUUGAAGACGCAGAUGAUCCUGAUUUGUAG